UGAAAUCAAAUAUUUAAAGAAAUGCUAAAAUAUUAAAUGAUCUAAAAUGGCAUCAGUCCCCUUCAGAUGGUUCCAGGAAGUGGCUUACUUGAGGCCAGGUGAACAGCAUUGCCUCCAAUCAGACUCUCAACCAGCAGCGGAGCGUCAAAGCCCAAUGACUCAUUUGCUUGACAAGUAAAACACACAGACUGACAACAGUACAGCUUAGUAUUAUAGUCUUUCUUUCUUUUUUCUUUUUCUAUUUUUUUGACAACCAUUCAAACUCGGAAAGAAGCUGACCACGAUGUUAGAAAACUCUGCUCUCUACUCCAGACUCUUGUUUGACUUUGUGCUGGUCUGUGCUGUUGUCAUGUCGGGUAUCAUGUGUUCAGAUGCUGCGAGAGCCAUAACAACCCAAGUGGACAAUCGGGUGAAGCACAACAUCCUGCGACGGGUGUAUGCUCCAUACAAUCAACAACAUUCCCUCUUUACUACUCUGCCAUCAGCUGAAACAGGAAUCCAGACUGGAACUAAUAGUGAAACCGAGAUGAGAGGAAAAUAUAGAAGAGUGUUGACAAUCACUGGCCAUCAAUCAAACCUUCCAGGGUUUUCCAAAAGUAGCUUUAGUUACAAUCAAAACAUCCCAGAUUACAGACAGUCUCAAGCAGGAAUAACUCGAGUGCAGAGUGAAGUGUUGCCGUCAAACAGCAUUUUCACCAGCGACUUUCAGCACACGGGACAAAGCUUUGACAGACAGCAAUCCAGAAAAAAUGACCACCCUCUCUCCCACGAAGAAGCCCAAAGCGGAAAAUCCUAUUAUCCACAGUCAGUGAUAGUUAGAAAAUCAUCUCGCAAAGAAGCUGCCAGCCCCUUUCAUGAGAGCUCUCGUUCUUUUCAAGUCUGGGAGCCCAAAGAUGCUCAGAAAUCCUACAACGAAGCAAAAGUUCAGAGAAAUGACUCUCCAAAAGUGGCUGAACAUAAAAGUGUUUGGCGACCCUCUGGCUCUUUUCCUGUUUCUUCACAGACUGGUAGUUACUGGGGUACUUUGCUGCCAACUUCAAGAGGCCACUACAGCAGCUAUGGAGAGACAAAUGAGCUUGCAGCUGUCAGGCCAUGGAGUACAUCCAGCAGGACUGGUUUAGCAAGUCAAACUGCCCCUCAUGCAAAAUCAGUCAGCAAUAUCUUACACACCUCUGUUAUUAAAAACAAUCCUAACACAGAAAAGCCGGCAUCAUCCAUCAGAGAUUUCUCCCAUGGGUUGCACCCGAUGAGUAGCCGUGAGACGCCAAGACUCAGAAAGGCCCAAUCGUAUCUGUUCAAAGACUCCCAGACCUCUUUAGGUGGAGAUGAGAUAGUUAAUACAGUCACUGCUAAUGGACAAAAUGUUUUUUCCACAACACCAUAUAAGCAAAGGGCCUCUGGUGCACAAAUUUCUGACAGGUUUUCUGCAAAUUUGAAACAGUUACAACAAUCACAGAGAGAAGAGCCAGCCAGGGAAGUACCACGCCUAAUGGGAUUUAAUCAAGCAAAUUUCAAUUAUGUCAACCCACUGUAUCAGAAAGCUAAUGUGGCCCAGUAUGAAGCUCAGGCAGAUAGGUUCAUCAAAUACCAGCACAGCGCCACAGCAGGAACUGAAACGUCCAUACAUUCUUCUGCAGCCACAGACAACAUCAAGGAAAGUUUUGUCCCCACACCUCAUGUAGAUUUAAAUGGCUCCUAUGCCAGUGGCAGCAAGAAAUCUGUAAGUAGCCUGGUUAAUACAACCACAAGAGGAUCAGAGCACGCUUACAAACCUGCAAGAACCACAAAAAGCAUCUAUGGCUUCAGAGGAUUUAAAAGGCCUACAUGGAGAGCAGUGAAGGAGCUAUCUAAUCUCUCCUCCAGUGACCUUAAUGAAAGGACCAACUCUCAACGCUACAGCUUGCACAAAAGAAAGCUUAAAAUUGGAAAUAUAUACCCGUCAUUGUCACCAAAGUACAGCUUUGGCCAGAGAGAGGUAUCUACUACACCAGCAAAACCUGAGAGGAUAACCACAGAUUAUUCCUCACCUUCGCUUGCCACUUUGGAAAGUGUACAAACGACUACUCCAAGGCCGUUCACAUCGGGAUUUAAGGAUGCACAGCCUCUGCUGCCUGCAAGUGAUGCCGGUGUGAACAGCAGUCCAGAUCGCAGACAGUUCAGGAUCAACAGAAGAAUAUUUGGUCUCAAAGGAUUUGAUACUCGACCACUCGAGGGAGCCAAACCUUCGGUUAAUGAGCCAGACAAGUCUGUCCCAGUCCAACAGGCUUUUGAGGGAUUUAAUCUUACAAGAUCACAGGUCUGGCAACCGAAAAGCAGCAGGAUUCACAGGUGGUACAAUAAAACCGAGGCCACAAUAAGUCACGAUGAGCUAAGCAAAGACAUGAGCACUGAAGCAGUCAACAGAUUUACACCUGAUAAAUACAAAAAGAACACCAAAAUCUAUACUCAUCUGGGAUUCCACCCUGUUCAAAAGAGAAUUGGAAAUUUUAGAAGCAAAGCCCGCUGGACGCACAAUGGACAAAACCCAACUACUGCAUCAGCAAGUCACACUGUCUCCUCGGCUUAUCCCAGAUCAGCAGGGGACCUUAAAGUUGAAUCCGGCACAAAAUCUGAGCCAAGACCACCCAGCAAAACCAAACUUGCUGCAAUGAAGGCAAGACUGUUCAACAGUUCCAUCAGCAACAGCGUGAGAGGAACACGUGUGAAAGGAGAACUCACUAAUAGCAAAAAGCUCCAUGAAUCUACCUCUGUGACCAAUGGGGCCAUCGUCAGGCUGCCCAAGCGGCCUGUCGGAGUCAAAGCUGUCACAUACGCCGAUAUUCUGGGAAGUGCUUCGUUCAGUGGUGUCGGAGCGACAACGCAGACACCAGUCAUGCCAUCUGAUCGACGUUAUUUUCCAUCCAGUACAGCUAAGACCAAGCACACAGAAGGGGCAGGUCUGUGGAGCUCAGGCUCUGAGGACAACAUAAGCGGAGGUCCUAAAGCGCAUGCUGAAGAUGAGGGGGAAGAUUUUAGUAGUGUUGAGAAAAACAAGUUGGCUGUUAGAUUUCCAGAAGUUGACAGCGACAUGAACACAUCUGGUUUAUUCCUGGAUAAUGAAGGAAGUGGAAGUGGGGGGUUUACAGUUUUUUCAACUGAUACCACAGGUCAGGGACCCAGUGAAGACUUGUUAGAACUGGAUUAUCUACGAAUAUCAACUGGAAACAUGUCCUUCAAGUCCAUGAAACUGUCCCACACUGAGACAUGAGAGAAACCUGUUGAACCUUUAAGUGGUUUGAACCAAUAAAAGCUGGAAAAGUUG